AUGCCUCGUACCCAUGACUGUCCCAUCGCUUCAACAACCCCCCAGCAUCACAGCCUCAUCUCCUUCCCUCCCCCUCGCACCACCACGACCCCCCUCCCAAUCGAACACCUCGAAGACUUCACUGCGCACGAAUGGUGCAACUCCCUCCUCUCUGACCCGACCAUACCCAAAAUCUCCAAACGCCACAUUCCCGACCCACGCGAAGGUGUCAGCAACACGUUCUUCACCCGCACACUCUUCACCCCAACCGCCAUCCGCGCCUUCCUCUCCUUAUACAGACCAGGCAGCACCAAUCACCGCGACACCUCAGAAACGACAAACAUCGUCACUGGCAGCGCAGUCCGAGCCCCUCAGCCUUCAAGCUCCGCCGCAGAAGCUGCGCGCCAAUUAGCAAAACGCGAUAUUUCUUACGCAGCUGAUGCGACUGACGUGCCCAAAACCCUUAUACGGGUGAGCAUAGCCAGUGAUGUCGCCGGUGGUGUGGCUAGGCUGCAUGGCGGUGUCACGGCGUCAUUGUUGGAUCAGGUGAUGGGGAGUUUGGUGGCUUCGGUGUUUGGAUACACGUGUGCGACGAGUGAGUUGAAGAUCAAGUAUCUCAGAGCGGUUAGAACGCCCUGUGUUUUGCUUGUCAGGCGAGGGGGGGGGGGCGGAUUAAGGAGGGAGAAGGGAAGGUGGGUUGAGACGGUGGGAUGGGUGGAGGAUGGGAUGGGAAAGGUGUUUGCGGAGGAGGAGGGGAGUUUUGUUUUAGGGAAAGUGAGGGAGAGCAAGAUGUAG